AUGGCUUCGUCCUCGCAGAACACGGGCUCUGGAACGAGAUUGGGUCGAAGAGUACGUGCUUGCCUCCUGAGUGGCGAGCUACUCGAGGUGGAGUUGUCACCGGGAUCCGGUGCGGAGGAAGUCAGGAGCCAAGUCGCUCAGCGGCUAGGGCGCCAUCGAUUUGAGGUGGCGCUGCUGCAGGAUGGAAAGAAGCUGCAGGAUUGCGACCCUGUCCUGGGAGACGUGUCGGUGCUGGUGCAGCCUUUCUUGUCUCAGGAUGUUAUUGAUGAGUUGAUUCACAACAUGAGGGCAGCCGGUGUUGCCUUCUCUGAAGGGAUGACGGACGAAGAGGUCCGUCAAGCCGAAGAGAACUGCAAGAUCCGCUUCCCGCCGGACCUGAAGCUGUUCCUGCAGACUGCCAUGCCAGAGGGGCCCGAGUUUCCGAACUGGCGCCGAACGGUUGCAGUCAGUGUGCACGACCAUCACGCCGUGAUGCGGGAUGACAUCCAUGCAAGACUGGGAGGUGUACAGAGCUUCUGGUACACAGAGUGGGGGCCCCGACCGGAGGAUAGAACUGAGCGUGCUUCGCUUACAGCAAGGCAUCUGAAAGGUGUGCCGCGGCUCAUUCCUGUCUACCGCCACCACUUUGUCGUGAGCGGCACGCCGGCUGGUCAGCCGGUGCUGGGCGUCGCCGAUCCAUGUAGAAUGUGUCUCCUGGCCACCGACCUGGCUGCAUACUUCUCAUUGAUCUUCAACUUCCGGCCGGUGCGCCCGUACUUGAACUGCCCGGUGGUGACUGCAACCUUCUGGGGUGAGAUCGAGAAGUGGGAUAUUGCCUGCUCCACAAGGACCGUCAACGUCAUUUGCCUGACUCCGGGUGUUUGCCUCGCAUAUGCAGGCCCCUUGAGAAUCGAAUCGAUGCCAGAAUCCGCAGCCCAAACGCACCUGGACCCCAUCGAGCAGCGCCGCUUUGCGGAAGGCUCUGGGUUCCGCUAUCCAGACCGGCCCCAUGUGGUGAUCACCGCAAGUCGAGACAUGGGCCGCACUGCCUCCACGUGGGUCUUCAACGCCACGCGUCUACUUUUCCGACAGGCCAAAGAGGCCUGCGACUCGUACUGGAUGCGAUGCCUGGACCGCUCCAAAAUUCAGCAUCGCCUGGAGACCGGAGCCCAUGUGGUGAUCAAGACGCACGAGUGGACGGGCGAGAUGUCGAAAGCAUCGUUUGACGAGGUGUCGCCCUUGUUCACGCACGUGAUCGUCAGCGUGAGACAAGGCUUCGCCGAGGAUCCGGCUUGGAUGAAGGUGGCCACACAUGUUAUUCAUUUCGAAGAGCUGGUGGCCUAUGACAAGGACCACCCGGAGGAUCCCGCAAAGAUCGGGGCCAUCAGUGUGCUGCGGAAGCUCGCCAACCAUCUGGGCCUUUCGUCCCUCACCGAGCACGACCUUCGGUGUGUGGACUACGAUUUGAUGACGCUGCCGAUGCCACGCUUCGGCUGCGACCAGACUACGAAACUGUGGCCUUUCCACGGUCGACGCGGAGGGCGUCCAAUCCCACGACUUGAUCCACGAAGUGAAUGA